CUUGUCAGAUUUUUAAUACGUAAAAAAGGAACGACUAAUUAAUUUUCGUUUUAAAGUUUUAGAAGAAAAGUGCUACUAAUAUUUUAAAUACGGUGUGUACUUUUAAAGGAAUGGCUAUCAAACCAGGUGACGCUACUUUUAUAAGUAAACUAGAUGAAGAAGGACAGAGGAAAGCUAAAGAAGAGCUAAAUGAAUUGAAUGAUGUGGACAGGCAGAUUGCCGUUCAAACGCUCAGGCAGUGGGUGAUAGACCAGGACUGGUUAAAGACUCCAACAGAUUUUGCCUUUCUUCUUCGUUUUCUAAGAGUAAGGAAAUUCAGCCAGCUUGGUGCUCGAGAGACACUAGAAAACUACUGGAAAGGAAGGACAAAUAUUCCCGAAUGGUUUCGCAAUGUUGACCCAGCAGAUGAAAUUUUGCAAGAGAUUUUUAAAACGGGUUGGUUCAAAUGCCCGAUGAAGUACGAUAAAAAGGGACGUAGACUGGUACUAUGCAAAUACUCCGCGUUAAUGUUUGAUUUGAUAAAACGAUGUGGAGUCAACAAAUUGUACAAAGCUUUAUUCCUUGUUUAUGACUGGUUAUUACUUGACGAGAGGGCCCAAGUAUACGGACUGGUCCUUGUAAUAGACUACAGUGAUAUAACAUUCCAACUAAUGAUGGCCACAGCAAAUGCUGAAAUAGCACAAAAAUGUGUAAUUUUCUAUCAGAAAGCACUACCGAUGAGACUGAAGGGGAUGCAUAUGUACAAUGAACCUACAUUCAUAGAUGUAUUUCUUGCAUUGUUCAACCCGUUUCUACGACAGAAAAUAAAAGACAGGAUUAAUUUGCACGGGAAGAGUUUGGUGAAAAUCUACGAGGUAAUCGGAAUGGAUGUACUUCCAGACGAAUAUCUGCCAGAUGAAUACAAAGGACAUUCAGCUGGUUCGGCAAAGAAAAUAAUAGACGAUAUGCUAGAGGAUAUGAUGAAACCAGAAGUUCGGGAAUACAUCAAAGAUUUAUCAAGCAAUAGAUAUGGAGUGGACAUAAAGAAAAGAAAAACGGACGACGCACCUGCUGCUUAGUAUAGAAAACUGAACGUUUCAUGAACGUUUUUAUGUGUUUUUUUUUUCAAUGUUGAUGUACUAGGUGUACGUAAUGAUAAUA